AUGCCCGCCAGCAGGUCAAAACAUGCUCCAGGGUCGAGCGUCACCACGGCUUGGCUGAAUCUGGUGCUGCUCAGCACGGUUUUGAUUCUUAGCCUUGUCCAACCUUCAUACGGGCGGUCGACGCUCGGAGAACGUGCACUUACUCAACUCUCGGCGUCCGACAUCUCAUCAUUGGUUUCAUCCCCGGAUCCAGCAAAAAACGUCGAUAUCUCGAAUUCCAAAUCUCACCUGUCGAAGAUAUUAAUCCCCCGGCCUCCGGACACGGCGAACAACACUAUUGUCAAAGACUAUAUUGUCAAGACGCUGAGGAAACUCAAAUGGGACGUGGAAGAAGACUCAUUCAAUGACACUACUCCUUACGGAGUAAAGCGAUUUACGAAUAUCAUCGCGACCAAGGAUCCCUCGGCACCCCGACGUGUUAUACUCGCAGCGCAUUUCGAUAGCAAAUUCUUUCCCACUUCUCCACAGAACCAGUUCGUGGGUGCAACAGAUUCGGCAGCGCCAUGCGCGAUGAUGCUCGAUCUUGCAGAAUCGCUCAAUUCACUCCUGGACCAUCGUGCAAAGCAGCUAGAAGACGGCCUUGCCGACAAUGACGACAUGGCCGAGACUACAUUGCAGCUUGUCUUUUUCGACGGCGAGGAAGCGUUCAAGGAAUGGACAAAGACGGACUCCGUUUACGGUGCGAGACAUCUUGCCGCCAAAUGGGCCAGCACGUAUAUCAAUCCCAACACGAAACGAAGGUUGCUCUCAUCGGUGGCUACGGAAAUAUCGACAAUCGAACAUCUGAUCCUCCUCGACCUGCUUGGUGCACCCAACCCUGUUAUCCAGUCCUUCUUCAAGGAAACAGCUUGGUUAUUCGACGCUAUGGCGUCUGCUGAACAGAGGCUCCGCGACAGUGACGCGUUUAAGGGGGAAGACAACUGGCACAGUUUUUUCAAGCAGCGAACUGGGAAUGAAUUCGGCGGGUUCAUUGAAGAUGAUCAUAUCCCUUUCCUCAAAGAAGGCGUGGACGUACUACACAUUAUCGCAAGCCCUUUCCCGAGGGUGUGGCAUACGCUCCAGGACGAUGCCUCAGCGCUCGACCUACCGACUAUGCGAAGAUGGAACUUGAUACUGCGGGUUUUCAUGUCGGAAUAUCUCGGGUUGAAACCAGAUGCUCAUGGUCGACGGUCUCGCGCGUCAGAGGAUCUUACGUCCUAACUGAAUUGUAUCAUAGAGUAAUCAUACGAAGGCGGAUUCAACAAUCGUCUCAGGAAACGCAUUCUUAGUUCCAGG